GGACACUCAGAACUGAUAGAUUUUUUCUCUGGAACCUGACAAUCGCUGCGUAUUACCACUAUGUAUCUGCCGUGCGUGAGGCCAAUGCUAUCGACUUUGCAUAAAUGGGAGCCACACAGUGCAGUACCGACCACUCCUCCCAGUCCUGACUUUGCCGUAUCGGAGAAGGAUAGAUACCCUGCUUCCUUACCGUGUGCCCCACCGCCCUGUCACCCACGAAUAUUGCUCAAUAUUGUCUCAAGCCUCGACGGCCCGUCCGCUUUGAUGAUUGUUUCUUAA